ACGUUUUAUAAUGCACGAUUCAGAUAAGAACACAGAAGGAACCCGGAAAAUUCAAAGAAAGAUAUCAACUGGGUUUAUCGUGUCAUCAGAGACAGAUAAGAACAAUGACAGGGAACCUGCGCUGUCUAGUAGUUCUGCUGGGUUUGAGCCAGUACAUUGUAGGAGGAAUUCCGAACAGACAGGCGCACGUCGUGAACCAGAGAGGGGCGCUGUCGUAUGUCGUCAGUCAAGGCUGUCCGUACCUUGUUCAUUAUGUCCGCGAUAAUUAUUUUUCCUUCCGCAUCUACCGACAAGUUUCGGGGUCCACCACCGCCCCACCCCCUCAUCUUAACUGGGUAACGUAUGUUUAUGACAGAGGUGUGGACAAUUAUGUUCCAAUGGAACUCAUUCACGGCAUCAUCAACUGUAGGAUGAACUACGCCUUGUAUGCUGUGAACGCGCCCUCCAAUAUUUUACAUCAACUCCAUGCUGAUUUCUCGGGAAUUCCCGGAGUUCUGGGAUAGCGGUUUAUUGGCCUCUGUUUGGAAAAUGAUUGAUAACAAAAACAAGUGUUGAGAUAAAUAAAACAUAUC